CCUCUCUUCGCUCCCGACAGCGAUGGGCUUUGUGAGGCAGUCUCUGGUCGUGCUCUUCCUCACAUUGCGGGAUGACGAUCAGGAGUCAAGGCUUUGGUUCGACGAACGAGUCUUUCCAUCUUAUGUUGCCGCAAUUUCGCUUCUAGCUCUCUUAACACAUGCCAUAUGGGCCUCUAGACUAGUCCGAAACUUGGGCAGAAGAAAUGCACCCGAACAACCGCUCGCGGAAGGAUCCGUCAACUGCAGGGGCGAAACGGUCAUAUCUCUCUUUAAACUGGCUCGUCUAUCAGGUGUGCUGGCAUUGUUUGGUUUAGCUGUUCUGUCUCUGUGGUGUUCUGAGAAGAAGAAAAAUGAGUGGAUUGACAGCACACAGGUCGCGGCCCAGGGCUAUGCAUUGAUGUUAGCUGUCCUUAACACCUUAUGCAACACAAGGCAGAGCUUAAAAUACUCGUUGCACUUAUCUCUUGUCACCAGCACUUUCUUGAUGGUGUAUGCCUACCGUGACAUAUGGCCGUUAAUGACAUUUACGCUACAACCGAAGGAUCGCGACGAGGGGAGCCUCUUAUGGGCCAAGGUUGCGCUUGCCACACUUGUUGGUGCUGUUGAACCCAUCCUGGAGCCAUAUCCAUGCGUUUCGUAUCAUUCGACCCAACCUCGAGAGCCGGGUCCCGAGCAAACGGCGUCCUUAUUUUCUUAUUUAACCUUCAUAUGGCUUGAGCCUACGAUCUGGCGUGCCUAUCGCGCUUCUCAUCUCCCGGCAGAUGAAUUACCCCCGCUGAACGAUUACGACAAGACAAAGAACCUGAUUAAGCGGGCCUACCCAAUCUUAGAUCCGUUUUCUGGAGCCAAAAAGCAGCACCUCUUUUGGGGACUUAUUAAGAUCUUCCGCUGGUCGUUCAUCAUUCAAGCUACCAUGCUGGUCCUCUAUGCCCUUGCCAAUAUCGCCGUACCUAUCGGCACCAACAGGUUGCUGAACUAUCUCGAGAGCGGAGGACAGGGUGCGGUGGUAAAGCCCUGGGUCUGGAUUCUUUGGAUAGGUGGCGGGCCCAUUAUCCAAAGUCUUGUUUUCCAAUGCUAUCUCUUCCUCGCGACUCGUUCGCUCGUCCACGUUGAAUCUAUCAUUACUUCGCUCGUUUUCGACCAUGCGCUUCGCAUCCGUCUCAAGGCGGAGACAAGCGAGAAAAAGUCUAGCGCCAAAGCCCCCACGCCCAUCCCGGCUGGGGUUGAUAAGAGUGGUGAUGGCGACGAUGAGACCGUGCACUCCCGUGCAUCGACGAGUGCAUCGACGGCAACUGCCGGUGUAGCCUCCACUAUGACCACCGCCACAGCUGUUGCCCCUGGCGCGAGCCCGCAGAGCAAGGGAAAGGACGACAAAAAAGAUAUCUUCAAGAGGGGCGGAGGCGGCAGCUUGAUCGGAAAAAUCAACAAUUUAGUCACAAGCGACUUAGAUAAUAUCAACAACGGUCGCAAUUUAUUAUUCAUCAUCCUCUCGGCGCCGUUGCAGUUCUCGUUUGGCGCGAUAUUCUUGUACCAAGUCCUCGGAUGGAGCUCGUUUGUUGGUCUUGUAGUCAUGAUCAUCCUCCUGCCCGUACCGACGUGGGUUGCUACACGCAUGCAAGGAGUUCAAGUAGAGAAGAUGAUGGCUACUGAUGCCCGCGUGCAGAAGGCUACUGAAGCCAUGAGCGUCCUGCGCAUGAUUAAACUCUUCGGCUGGGAACCCCGAGUCAAGGAGACUAUCGCGGAGUCGCGAGAGAACGAGCUCAAGUACGUCUGGAAGAGCAAGAUCCUCGGCUUGGCGACCGGUUGUGUCAACCAUGUUAUUCCCCUGAUGCACAUGAUUGUCACCUACGCAGUUUAUACUGUAGUUAUGAAACGCAAAUUGACCGCUUCAAUCGUCUUCUCCUCCAUGACUGCCUUCAAUAUGAUCCGGGGGCAGAUCUUCAGAGUCACCUUUAUGCUUCCCACGUUUAUCAACGCUAAUGUGUCCUUGGGUCGUGUCGCCGAUUUCCUACGCGUCACUGAGCUACUGGACAAUUACACUGAAAUAUCUUCCAGCGAGGUGGCAAUCGACGCCUCCGAAGCGCACAAGGAUGACAUCGGAUUCGGGCGCGUCAAUUUCUCCUGGACUAACGAGAGUGACGACGGCACAUUGACACCCUCGCGCCAGACAUUCCGCUUGCGCAUUGACGACGAGGUACACUUCAAGAAAGGCGCAUUCAACCUCAUUAUCGGACCCACCGGCUCAGGCAAGACGUCCGUCCUCAUGGCCCUCCUCGGAGAGAUGCACUACAUCCCACUCGGCCCUGACUCGUGGGUCAGCCUCCCACGCGGAGGUGGUAUCGCAUAUGCCGCACAAGAGUCGUGGGUGCAGAAUGAAACCAUCAAGGAGAACAUCCUGUUUGGCGCACCAUACGACGAGGAGCGAUACAAGAAGGUGAUCUACCAAUGCGGCUUGACACGCGAUCUGAGUCUGUUCGACGCUGGAGACGCGACUGAGGUCGGUGAGAAGGGCUUGACGCUGAGUGGUGGGCAGAAGGCACGGAUCACGCUUGCACGAGCGGUGUACUCGUCUGCGGAGACGCUAUUGCUGGACGAUGUGCUUGCUGCGCUGGAUGUGCACACAUCUCGGUGGAUCGUGAACAAGUGCUUUAAGGGCGAUCUUAUUCGGGGCCGGACUGUACUGUUAGUGACACAUAAUGUAGCCAUGGUCAGUCCGCUUGCAGAGUUCGUGGUGUCAUUGCAAGACGGGCACAUCGUCAGCCAAGGCUCGGUUGGCGACGCGCUGAAGAAGGAUGUACAGCUCGAAGAAGAGCUCAAGCACGAGGAGGAGGUUAUCGAGCUCGAUGAAGCUGAAGAAGCCACGGCCGAUUCCGCAGAUCCUGCCAACCCCGGUGCUCCCGGCAAGAAAGACGGAAAGCUCGUUGUUGCCGAGGAGAUCGCAGUUGGUCAUGUUGGCUGGGCUGCAUUCAAGCUCUUCCUCGGGGAGCUCGGUGGCAAAUAUCCGUUCCUGUUCUGGUUACAAUUCAUGUUCGGCGAAUGCGGUGCAGAGUUCUUCAACGUCCUCGAGCUGUGGUGGCUCGGCUACUGGGCGCAACAGUACGCGUUGCAUGAUCCCAGUGAUGUCCGCGCUGGCUUCUACCUCGGGAUAUACUGCGCUUUCGUUGGUGUCGUCAUUCUCAUGAAUGCACUCUCUCAAAUUGUCUACACUGUUGCCACGCUACGCGCCUCGCGCUCCAUCCACGCCAAACUGAUCAAGUCGCUCCUGGGUAGCACUUUCAGAUGGUUGGACGUCACGCCUACUGAGCGCGUAGCGACUCGAUGUACAAAGGAUAUCCAAUCCGUCGACUUAACUGUCCCUAUGUGUCUCCAUUCCGUCUUCUCAAUGGCACUUUCUUGUGCAGUCAAACUUGUUGUCGUGGUCACGUUCACGCCUUUCUUCCUCCUGCCAGCUGUCUUCGUCUUAGCGUCCGGCGGCUUCUUGGGCCAAGUGUAUCUCAAGGCUCAGCUGUCAGUCAAGCGCGAGAUGUCGAACGCCAAAGCUCCAGUUCUUGGAGCGUUCGGCGGCGCCAUCGUGGGCCUCGCAUCCAUUCGGGCGUAUCAAGCUCAGGACGCUUUCAGAAACAUGCUCCAUCAGCGCAUCGACCGAUACGUCCGUGCCGCCAGGUCCUUCUACAACAUCUAUCGGUGGAUUGGGAUUCGCCUCGAUGUGCUCGGCCAGGUCUUCUCGGCGUCUCUCGCGUUCUACCUCGUGUACGGCCCGCUCUCCGCAAACCCGUCGGUCGUCGGCUUCACCCUGAGCCAAGCUGCGGGCUUCAGCGACCUGAUCCUGUGGUUCAUGUACCUCUACAACGAGUUUGAAGUGAACGGAAACAGCCUGGAACGGAUCAAGCAGUACAUCGACAUUGACCACGAGCCCGAGCCCAGACCCGAGGGCGUGCCUCCGGCGUACUGGCCCGCGAGCGGUGACCUCCGGGUCGAGAAGCUCUCUGCUCGUUACUCGCUGGACGGUCCGAAGAUCCUGGAAGACGUUUCCUUCCACGCUAAAGCCGGAGAACGCGUCGGCGUCGUCGGUCGCACGGGCUCUGGCAAGUCCACCCUGACGCUCGCCCUUCUGCGAUGCAUCUUUACAGAGGGGACGGUCGUCUACGACGGCAUCGACACCAAGAUCAUCAACCUGGACGCCCUGCGCUCGAACGUCACUAUCAUCCCACAAGUGCCCGAGCUCCUGAGUGGGUCCCUCCGCCACAACCUCGACGUGUUCGGCCAGUACGACGACGCGACGCUGAACGACGCGCUCCGUGCUGCAGGGCUGUUUUCUCUCCAGAAGCUCUCCGACGAGAGCAGGAUCACGCUCGACAGUGAGAUCGCAAGCGGCGGCGGGAACCUGUCAGUCGGGCAGAGGCAGAUUAUCGCGCUCGCGCGGGCGAUUGUGCGCCAGAGCAAGCUGCUCAUUCUCGAUGAGGCGACGUCGGCCAUCGAUUAUGAGACCGAUGCGAUCAUCCAGUCCUCGCUGCGCACGGAGCUGAAGAGCGACGUGACGGUCAUCACUGUCGCGCAUCGUCUCCAGACGAUCAUGGACUACGACAAAAUCAUGGUGCUCGAUGCUGGUCGCCUCGUCGAGUUCGACACGCCGAGGGCGCUGCUGCAGAAGGAGGGCGGCCGCUUGCGUGCACUCGUGGAUGAAAGCGCAGAUAGGGAAGAGCUGUACGCUAUGGCGAGGGGCGAGGUAAAGCCUUGAGUGUAUGCGCUGACUCGGCGAAUCGUUUCGCUCUCGAUAUGUCUCCUUUUCUGGGUAGAAAAACUAGCGCGUGUGUUAUCCAGCAUCUUUAGAUGCGAUGCUGCUUCUGAGUGGCCUUUCACAACCCGCGAUAGGUACAACGUGGUGGUGUACGCUUCAAAUCAAACAAGCUGCGAUCUCCGGCUGCGUCAGCAGUGCUUCGCGCGUAUCACUAGCGAGACAUUUCAGCGUCGAGUCGCAGACGCCGCGACAGCAUCCCAUCGUUGUGGCCCC